AUGCAGAAGUCUCCCGUCAUACAGAAGGAGCCUGACAUGACAAAAGGAUCAUUCAUUGAGAAAUCAAUCGUCAUGCCAAAGGCUUCAGUCAUCUCACGGAUUCCAGUAUUGCAAAAGGUGCCAAUUAAACCAAGAACACCAAUCCUGCGGAAAGUGACAGUCAUGCAGAAGGCCUCAGUCUUGCCAAAGGCAUCUGUCAUACAGGAAGGGCCAGUCAUGUCAAAGACACGAAGCAUGGAAAAGGCACAAGUUACCUCAAAGAUACCAGUUAUGCAAAAGAUGCCUAUCAGGUCAAAAACACCAGUCAUGGAAAAGGGGCCAGUCAAGCAGGAAGGGACAGCCAUGCAAAAUAUGACAGGCAUCUCAAAGAUACUAAUCAUGCAAAAGUUGCCAAUCAAGCCAACACCACAAAUCAAACAGAAGCUGUCAGUCAUGGAGAAAUCAUGA